CCACGCUCGCCGCCGCGUCGUGCGCUGCGCCGCGGUGGCCUCGUGCUUGCGCCGCCCUCGCGUCCUCCGUCUUGCCCCCGCACCCCUCGUGGCCGCUCGCAGGAGCAGGGGCGGCCGCAGCGAUAGAGGAGAAGUUUGCAGCGCAUCGCACCGGGCAGAACUAUCUUGGCCGGCGGGCCUCACUGCGGCCAGCGCGGCAGUCGCGCACCCGUCGCUGUCGCCCUCAAAAGGCGCGGCGCCGCGUGUCGCCCGUGCCACGCGCUCCCAUCCGACCCGCUCCGGGUCGUCCUUUCCUCCUUCCACCCCUUCUCUUCUUCAGCGACUGGCUCGCCUCGCACCUCUAUUUCAUCGCUCUCCUUUUGCAUCUCGUUCCCUCCGCCCAACAGCUGGCCUGUUGCGUCCUUGCCUCGCGCAGCCCUUCUCUCGAUGCCUCGCCGCAGCGACAUCCACGACCUCUUUCCCGCCUGGAGUGCCGGCCACUUCUGGGACGACGCAUACGGCGGCAGUGCGGCGCAGCGCAUCCUGCCCUGGCUCGCCACGCCGUACGACGGCGACGACGCGUGGGACUGGAACGGCACCAGCAGCGCAGGUGCCACGCCGACGGCGAGCAGCGCAUCGGCAUCCUCGGCGGCACCGACAAGCUCGUCCGCUGCGACGAGCUCUGCGUCUCCCAGCAGCUCGCGCUCGCUCUCCUCGCCUGCCUUCCCCUCCACCACGCGCCUGCCGAGCCACGCCAUGGCCUCGCCGUCGAGCUCUGCCGGCACGCUGCCGCCAUUCAGCAGCAGCAGCAGCAGCGCGCACUCCUUGAGCCUCUCGCGCGGCGCCAUCAUCGGACUUGCGUGCGGCGGCGGCGCUGUGCUGCUGUGCAUCGCCGCACUGCUUGCCUUCUGUGUCGUGCACCGACGCCGACGCCGGCGCCAUUCCGGCGCCAUCGACAUCUCGGCGCCGUGGCAGCCGCACCCGAAUGCGCAGCCGCAGAUGGUCGAACGCACGGUGCCGCCCGUACGCCUGCACAGCCGCGCCUCCACACGCUCGUGGCGCCCGGCACCGCUGCAGCUGCACGUGCAGAUGCAGCACGAGGAGUACGUGCACCGCGACGGCAGCGGCGGCAUCGACGAGGAGGCGCUGCAGGAGGUGCUCUGUGCCUCGCCCGCCGGGCACAUGCCGCGCGGCGGCGUGCACGUCUUGGGCGGCGACGCGCAGCUCUGCCGCUCGCCCUCGGCCGACUCGUCGCUGUCGAUGGGCAGCAGCAGCGAGAAGAGCAUCACCCAUCUGCGGCCGCUCUCGCUGGGGCCGGCGCCCCGCUCUCCCGCCUCGCGUGCACGCGUCUCGCCGCGCCGAUGCAGCACCGAGUCGACGAGCAGCAUCAGCCUCGUCUCGCCGGCGCUGCCACCGCCGGCGCUCACGCACAGCGCCAGCACGGCGCGCGCGCCGGCACGGCCGCUGCGAGCCGGCGCUCGCACGCCGCCGCCGCGCGACGAGGCCGCCGCCGCUGCUGAGGCAGCCGCCGCCGUCAAGGCAGCGGGCUGGCGCCUCGGCACCGAGCCCAUCCUCAGUCCGCGUGCGCGCGGACCCAUCACCUUUGCGCCGCCGCUGCGCUCGCCCGACGUCGAGGCAGCCGCGCAGCAGCGCGAGGCCGUCGUCACCGCGCGCCGCAUUCCGCUCUCGUACUUUCUCUCGGCGACCAGCGGCACUGGCGCGCAGGAGGCUGAGAGCCGCGCGCCGUCGAUGCGUCCGGGCGACCGCCAGGUCUUUCCGCUGGCGCCGAAUGCUGCAGCCCACCGCGAGUCCAUUGCCUCGACGUCGUCGGCCAGCAGCGGCGCGCAGAGCAUCCGCGCGAGCGGCGUGCAUGCGCAGCUCUGGCUCAGCCAGGAGCACUCACCGUAG